AUGGGCCCAGGCACAUCUACCUCAGCGACCGCGCGGCCAUUUUUCAGAACUCUAGGCAACACAAAGCUCAAAUUACUUGCUGUAUUCCUAACCGUUUUGACAAUCCUCCUCCUAACAUUAUAUUCGAGUGGACUAUCAUCAAAUAUCUCACCUGGAGCGAAAGACGAGCUCACAAAUGAGCAAGACUACUGGACAUGGGAAACGAGAACCCAAUUCCGGAAACCUCAGCAUAUCAAUGAUACCGACGACACAGGAAGAUCUCAAAAUGGCACCUGUGACACAUUCCCCUCAGACCUUCUAUCACAUAUUCAAAUUGUCUUAAAAACCAGCGCAACCGAAGACCCGAACCGAGUCGACACACACAUGGCCUCUGUAACUCGCUGCAUUUCCAACCUGCUAGUUGUAUCAGACAAGGAGACUGAACUCCACGGCCACCAUGUACACGAUAUCCUAGCCGAUCUACCUCUUUCAGCCCGGAACCACAUCCCGGAGUUCAAAGGGUAUGAAGCGCUACAACACGGGAACAAUAUCGACGGCGCAGCGGGAUGGAAACUCGAUCGAUUCAAGUUCCUCCCAAUGGUGGAACGAGCUAAGAAAGUCAACCCCGGUGCGGAGUGGUACGUCUUUCUCGAGACGGAUACUUACAUGGUGUGGGAUAACCUGUUCCGAAUGCUGGAACAGUUCAACUCAUCGUUCCCUCUGUAUAUGGGGUCACCUUCGCCGGGCCGCGGUGUCCGCGAUGGAAAAGUCAACUGGUUUGCAUACGGUGGUGCGGGCUUUGUGCUAUCCAGAGCUGCGGUUGAUACGUUGGUUGCGCGGGAAACUGGUGAAUAUGGACAGUUUAUUGGACCCUCGGUCACUGAGCAGUAUAUGCAAGUGGUGAAAGAUGACUGCUGUGGUGACUCUGUGCUUGGGUUUGCGUUGUAUGAAAAGGGGAUCGAGUUGUCUGGGAUGUGGCCGAUGUUCAACCCGCAUCCCCUGGACUCGAUUCCGUUUGGUGAUGAUCAUCACUGGUGCCAGCCUGUGAUUAGCAUGCAUAAAUCACAAUUGGGUGAUAUGAUCGGGCUGGCGGAUUGGGAGGAUGAGAGGGAUAGAACGAAUCCCUUGCUAUACGCAGACUUGGUUGGCUACCUUCGCCUGGGAGAGUUGCCGGAGCGGAAAGGAUGGGACAAUGGAGCAUGGGGUGGAAUUAUUGAACAACCUGAUACUCUCUCCCAGCAUGAAUCAUUAGAAGCCUGUCGUCAGGCAUGCCAUGAUAAGGACUGGUGCAUGUCUUACACUUAUGACACUGCUGGGGCGUGUGUAUUUGUGCGGAGCUUGAAGCUUGGAGCUGCUAGUAAGCCAGAAAUUGCCGGUCAAUUCACGGCUGGAUGGGACAACGAAAAGAUCCAAAAUUGGAUGGCAGACAACAAGUGUGAAGAGCCCAAGUGGAUGAAGCCAAGUUUGACAAGAAUUUUCUGA